AUGGAAGAUAAUAAUAGAAAGGAUUAUAUAAAUAGAAUUAAUAAUAUAACAAUAUCGUCUCAACAACAACAACAAUUAACAAAAGAAGAAUUAAAACAACAACAGCCACAAUAUCAUUAUCAAAAGAAUCAACCAGUACUACAUAAUCAAAGAAAUAAUAAUGAUAAUAAUAAAAUAUCUUCACCAACUUCAACUACAACUACAGAAUCAAUAUCGAGUAAUAUGAGUUAUAAUACUAAUUCAUCUUCCAAAAGAUUAGAAACUAUUGGUAAUUAUACUAUUGGACCAGAAAUUGGUAAAGGUUCAUUUGCAAUAGUUUAUAAAGGUAAUGAUAUUAAAACUAAUAAAUCAGUUGCUAUUAAAUCAGUUUAUAGAUCAAAAUUAAAAUCAAAAAAAUUAAUUGAAAAUUUAGAAAUUGAAAUACUGAUUUUAAAAACUAUGAAACAUCCUCAUAUUGUUGGAUUAUUAGAUUAUAAACAAACUCCUGCUCAUUUUCAUUUAAUAAUGGAUUAUUGUUCAAUGGGAGAUUUAUCUUAUUUUAUUAGAAAAAGAAAUCAAUUAAUUAAAACUCAUCCUAUAAUAUCAAGUUUAUUAGAUAGAUAUCCUUCUCCACAAGGAUCUCAUGGUUUAAAUGAAGUUUUAGUUCUACAUUUUUUAAAACAAUUAUCAUCAGCUUUAUUAUUUUUAAGAGAGAAAAGUUUAGUUCAUAGAGAUAUUAAACCUCAAAAUUUAUUGUUAUGUCCUCCAUUACAUUCAAAAAGGGAAUUUUUAAAUUCAAAUUAUAAAGGAAUGUGGGAAUUACCAAUUUUAAAAAUUGCUGAUUUUGGUUUUGCAAGAUUUUUACCAUCAACUUCAAUGGCUGAAACUUUAUGUGGUUCUCCAUUAUAUAUGGCACCAGAAAUAUUGAGAUAUGAAAAAUAUAAUGCAAAAGCUGAUUUAUGGUCUGUUGGUGCUGUAUUAUAUGAAAUGACUGUUGGUAAACCACCUUUUAAAGCUGGGAAUCAUAUUGAAUUAUUAAAAAAUAUUGAAAAGGCAAAUGAUGUAAUUAAAUUCCCCAUGGCUGCUCAAGUUCCUGAAUCAUUAAAACAAUUAAUUAGAUCUUUAUUGAAAUAUAAUCCAACUGAACGUAUAUCAUUUCAAGAAUUUUUUAAUGAUAAUUUAAUUACUUGUGAUUUAGAAGAUACUGAUAAACCUUUGGAGACUUCGGAAAUUGAUGAAAAUUUAUUUAUUAGUGAAUAUAUAAGUCCUAUUAAAAAUAAUGAAAGAUCACAAUUAUUAAAAAUGACACCAGUUAAUGAAGAAACAAUGGAGCAAGAAAUUAUAAAAACAAAUACACCAAUAAUACCCGAAGAAAAUUUAAAAAAAAGUAGUAGAGAUGAAGAAAUUAAAAACCUUAUUAACAAGAAUAGUCCAGAUCCUGAAAAUUUAACCCAUUCAAUAAAUAAUAAAUCUCCAAUUUUUAAACUGAAAAAAGAUGAUGUAAUAUUAGAAAAAGAUUAUGUUGUUGUUGAAAAAAGAGCUAUAGAAGUUAAUGCAAUUGCUGAUGAAUUAGCUCAUGCAGGAAGUGGAGCUGUUGCAAUAUCUGAUCCUCGUAAUAAACAUUCAUCUUCACAAAAUUAUUUUAAUCAAAAUCAUCAUCAACAACAGCAAAAUAUUCAACAUCAUCAACAACAAUCACAACAACAACAACAACAAAACUCGCUACUGAAUCAAAAGCCAAGAAGAAAUUCAACUAAUAGACGUCCAAGUUUUACUGAUAGAAGAAUAUCAAUAUCAAUAUCUCCAACUAAUGCUUUGAGUAAAGCUAUUGGAUUAGCAUCACAUAGAUUAUUUGGAAAUACUCAAUCAACAAAUAAUAUCCCCAUUACAUCAACAGCAAAUGCAUCAACUUCAGAAUUAAAUCAAUCAUUUUCAAGUAUAAUAUCAAGUCCCAAUUUUGCAAAUAAUACGUUAUUACAAAAAUUAAAUUUACCAAUAAUUCCAGAUCCUUCAGAAUCAGAUCAAUCUUUUGGAGAUAAACAAAUAUCACCAGAUGAAAUAUUAUUAACUAAAUUAGAAACUAUUGCAACAAAAGCUCAUGCAGUUAAUUUAUUUGCUGAUGUUAAAUUUUCUCAAUUAAUACCAAGUCCACCAUCUUCAGAUGAUACAAAAGCUGAAUUUAUGAAUUUAAAUGAUGUUUUGCCUCCCAAAAUUAUAAAAAGUAUAAGUGAAGAAGGUGUAGUAUUAUAUGUUAAAGCUUUAAGUUUAUUAGCUAAAGGUAUGGCAUUAGCUAGUGAAUGGUGGUAUGAUCAAUUUGAUUCAAAUUUAAAUGAAAAUAGAUUAAAACCUGAUGUUUCAAUAACUUCAAAAAUUAAUCAAUUAGUUCAAUGGAUAAGAGAAAAAUUUAAUGAAUGUUUAGAAAAAGCAGAAUUUGUUAAAUUAAGAUUACAAGAAUCUAAAUUAGCUUUGAAUAAUUUAGUAAUUGAAGAAGAAGAAGAAAAUAAUAGUGGGGUUAUUGAUAAAUCAAGUACAAAAAUAGUAGCAGAAAAAUUAUUAUUUGAUAGAGCUUUAGAAAUGUCAAGAAAUGCAGCAGUAAACGAGUUGGUGAAAGAAGAUUUACAUGGUUGUGAAUUAUCAUAUAGUACUGCUAUAUGGAUGUUAGAAGCUGUUUUAGAUGAAGAUGAAAUUGAUUCCACUACCACAACAAAUGAAAAAAAAUUAGAUGAUGAUGAUAGAAUAAUGGUUGAAAAAUUUAUUGUAAGUAUUGGGAAUAGAUUAUCUGUUUUAAAAAAAAAAAUUGAACUUUUGUAA